AUGACAGAGGAAAGGGGUUACAAGAAAAAAGCAUCAGAAGACGUAUCCCCCCUUUCCGACAAAUCACUACUUGAUGAACCAAAGCUCAUCUCCACUAUAAACACCGGAUAUGGACUCACUUCUGUUGCUUGUCGAAGGGAUGAAGAAAUCUGGACCUGCGAAAGAGACGAAAUCAUAAAACUUUAUAACCUCCAUGGCGAGCUACUGAGUCUAAUCGAAACCAAGUCAAAGAAUGAACCAGGGAACAUAGCAGUGGCAGAAAAUGGAAUUUUAAUCUAUACCGAUCCCGUCAGAAGAACUGUAAACGUAGUAAGGGAUAGACAGACACAGGAAAGGAUCAGACUACAGGAGUGGAAGCCCUACUAUGUCUGUAUUACAUCCUCCGAAGAUCUUCUGGUUACCAUGCUCAGAGAUGAUGCAGGGAACCUGGAUAUAUGUGUGGCGGACAAUAAAGCUAGAGCUGUAGUAGUGGUCAAUCAAGCUGGGGAACUCCGAUUUCGAUAUAAUGGCCAUCCCUCAUCUACAACCAAAUCAAUUGAUCCAGUCGGCAUAACGACAGACAGUCAGGGUCUCAUCCUGGUAGCAGACAGUGAGAACAACUGCAUCCACAUCCUGGACCAGGAUGGGGGAUUUCUCUUUUAUAUCGACAAAUGUAAUUUACACCUUCCAUACGGUCUGUGUGUGGACACCAAAGACAACCUCUUUGUGGCCGAAUUGAUAAGUG